ACAAACAACGCACGUUCGAAUAACUUUUUUCAUUAACCAUCCCCAGGCAACGACGCUUGUGUUAAGAAGUGAUAAUAAAUUUUAAAACUAUAGUCACUAUACAAAAGAUUAAACAUGGAAGAAACCUCAGCAUGCCAGCUCCGUCGACGGCGACUAGCGAACAAUCCAAACAUAGCGCUGACCUUUGAACUGGGGUAUCAAGUGAAUGAGGGUAAAGUUGAAGACGAAACUCCCUCGCCAAGUUCUUAUAAAUAUUCUACAUACAAAGAGAAUAUGAAUUCUGCAUUACAAGAGUUUAGAAACAAACAGCAAUCGUUUGAAAUUCAGAUAGAAGACUGCGAGGAGGAGGAGAUAAUUUUAAGCGACGACGAGGACGAAUCGGAAGCAGGGCCAUCUGGUGUCGACCGUCCUAUAACUCCCACACCCAUACAGGACUUCGGUACCAGCGUUGUUUAUACUGAAGGACCGCAGGCGUGCGAUUUCUUAAAAGUCAAAACGUACGAACACGACUGCCCCACGGACGUGUCCGACGCAGACGACGACGAAGAAGAAUGAAUUUCGAACAAUUAAUCACAAAAUAAAACGUAAACUUAUAUAUUUGUUAUAUCCACAAAUUGUCCAAUGAAAUUAUCAAAACUCAAAAGUUA